UUGUCAAGUUCAGGAAAAUUGAGAAUCAGGUUAGAGGCAACCUCGAUUUGUGACGAUCAUACUUCCCUCAUGGUGAAGAUCACACAAAGGCUCUUAAUUACAGCGUCUUCAAACUCAGAAAAGAGAUGGAUUUUCCCUUUAGCAAUGGUUUCUCUCAUGUUCAUAUUCCUGACAGCUGCAUCCUUCAACAUGGGUCUCCUCUCUUCCAUGCGUUCCAUUAACUCACUCAUCUUCUCCACCAAUCUAUCAACCGCAAACGAAACAAACAUCAAACUCCCAGAGUCAAAGCUCAAUCAGUCCUCUUCACACCCUCCUCCUCCAGUACAGUCUAGUCCUCGCUUUGGUUAUCUAGUAUCAGGGUCAAAAGGUGACUUAGAGUCUCUAUGGAGAGUGUUGAGAGCACUGUACCAUCCAAGGAACCAAUACGUUGUUCAUCUCGACCUUGAGUCUCCUGCUGAAGAGAGACUCGAGCUGGCUAAACGUGUGAGUGAAGAUCCUGUUUUUCGCGAAGUUGGUAAUGUUUUCAUGAUCACAAAGGCUAACCUCGUUACAUAUCGUGGACCAACGAUGGUGGCUAACACGCUUCACGCAUGCGCCAUUCUCUCGAGGCAGAGUAAAGAUUGGGAUUGGUUCAUCAAUCUCAGCGCCUCUGAUUAUCCUCUUGUGACUCAAGAUGAUCUUAUUCAUACAUUCUCAGGGCUGGACCGGAACCUAAACUUUAUCGACCACUAUAGCAAACUAGCCUGGAAAGCAGAGAAACGGGCAAAGCCUUUGAUCAUAGACCCGGCGCUUUACUCGACAAAGAAGUCAGAUCUCUUUUGGGUUUCACCUAAUAGAACCCUGCCAACUGCAUUCAAACUAUUCACUGGUUCUGCUUGGAUGGUCUUAUCUCGUUCCUUUGUAGAAUACUGCAUCUGGGGCUGGGACAAUCUUCCACGGACUCUGUUAAUGUACUACACUAACUUCCUCUCUACACCGGAAGGUUAUUUCCACACAGUGAUAUGCAAUGCACCGGAGUACUCGACCACGGUGGUUAACAGUGACCUGCAUUACAUCACGUGGGACAGACGUCCACAACAGCAUCCUAAGACGCUCAACAUCAGUGAUACAGAGAAGAUGAUUGCAAGCGGAGCUGUGUUUGCCCGCAAGUUCAUACACAAUGAUCCUGCCUUGGACAAGAUUGACACUGAGCUGCUCGGUAGAGGUAAUGGGAGCUUUACACCUGGUGGUUGGUGUGCAGGCAAACCGAAGUGCUCAGAGGUUGGUGAUCCGUCAAAGAUCAAUCCUGGUCCUGGAGCUAACCGGCUACGUAGGCUUGUUAGCAGACUUGUUUCGCCAUCUAAACUGACUCAAAGACAAUGCAGAUAGGCUAAAUACGCUUGCCGCUGGAACUCAGAGGCGAUCUAUGUAAUAUGUUUCAUGCCGUAAUGCAAUACAACUCACUUC